AUAAAUAUGGAGAAUAUUCCUCGAAUGCCAUCCCACGCGACACAGCGCUCACUUUGAAACGUAUCCUACACCCCACAAUCUCUCCAGAACAGUAUAUACGGCCUCGGGAGCGGUGUACUUGGACACGGUGCAUUUGGACACAGCCAAUCACAGCACCGUGUGAUUAGAGACAUUUGUAGGGUCCCUUGGAACAGCGACUUGUGAUUGGACUGUGUCCAAUUGCCCCGUGUCCUACUUGAGGAAUGAUCGUGAAGCCACAAUCAACACUCCGUUCUAGAGCAAUAGCAGUAGUUACUUCUAAUAUAGAUAACGCACAAUGCAGCCGGCAAUUGCAAUUAAACGACAUGGUAAUAAAAUGAAUUGUUAAUUUAUGAUUUCAAUAGGGAUAUCUUAGUAUAUAUACAACAUAAGAUAGUUUCAUCUUAGUUCAGUUUUUCAAUGAUUUGACGUAUAUAUUAUUAUGCAUAUAUUUGGUUCUUUAAUUAGUUACAUAUUAUUAACAGUAUUCAUGUUUCAUAUACAAUGGACAUGGAACAUGAAUAUCCAUACUCCAUUGAUGUACAACAACAGUCACGUUCAUGGAAUAUUCAUGGAAAUAGUGAAUAUAGUGACCGACUAUCUGUAUCAAGUAGAUCCAAUAGUGAUAACGAAGAAAUGUUGAGUAGAGUAUCGUCAAUUCUAAAUAUUCCAAGUGAGAAAGAAUCCAGUAACAGUUAUGACAAUGAUACACAAGAUGAUGAUAAUUCAUUUCAUGAAGAUAGCUGUGAUAAUAGUGAUAACGAUGCGUUUGAGGAUGCAAAAGAUAUCAAGAAAUUUGAAUACAUCCCAGGAGACAACAAUACUCGAGACUCACUUUAUGAAGGUUCUCGUAUAUCAAAAGAAGAAGGAUAUUUAUUACUCUUGCAUUUCACCAUUCGUCAUCAUUUAAGUGACGUAGCAUUAGAACAUCUUAUUGAGUUGAUAGAUUUGUUACUACCUAAUUCUGUAUUCAGAAGUCAGCAGGUCACAGUGGGAAGAGGAUCAACAAGAGUUUAUCCGGGAGAUGUAGGCAGUAAUAGAACACUACGUCAACAUGAACAAGAUUGUAAAAUAUGUAUGCAGGGUGGCAAGAUUGUGAGAGGUAUCAAAGGACCUUCUAUUCUUAUGCUGUUACCAGUAUUCAAUAUUGUCACUUCGUUCACGCCGGAUUAUCUUCAUAGUAUUUUAUUGGGAGUCGUGAAGACAUUCACUGAGGCAUGGUUUGAUUCUGCUUAUCAUGACAAACCAUGGUAUCUUGGCACCAAGACGAUUAUAUUUAAUAGAAAACUAUUAAAGAUAAAGCCGCCAUGUGAAAUAACGCGAACUCCACGGUCAAUUAAUAAGAGAAAAAUAUGGAAAGGUUCUGAAUGGAAACAUUUUCUUCUCUACUAUUCCAUGAUAUGUAUGCAAAAUAUAAUGCCUACAGCAUAUCUUAAGCAUUGGUUUUAUCUAGUGUUCAGUAUGUAUAUAUUGUUGGAAGAAAAAAUAACAAACACAGAUUUUUCUUCAGCUGAAAUUGCUAUACAACGUUUUGUAUUUCAAAUUGAACAGUUAUACGGUAUACAAUUCUAUAAAUUUAAUGUACAUUUAAUGCUUCACAUAUCUUCAUCCGUUAAAAGAUUUGGUGCUCUUUGGGCAACAUCCAUGUUUCCGUUUGAACAUUACAAUGGAGUUUUAAGUAAAAUGUUCAAAAAUUCUCAAGCUGUACCAGAACGAAUAUGUAAAUCUUAUAUUAGAUUUAAGAAUGCUGAACAAUUAUCUGCAAUUGUUUUUUCACGCAUAGACUGUUCCGAAGAUGCAAGAACACUGUACAACAAAAUAAGUGGAGUGUAUCGACCUCAACAAUGUAUCACAUACGGAAACUUUUUACGAUUAUUCGGAACACCAAAAAUGAUUAAACUAUCUUUGCUUGAAAAAACAAUAGUAGAAGCUUUUUUAGGCGAACAUAUUUUAGAUUCUGCUGAUAGCUUUAAACGAUUUAUCAUAAAUAAAAUUUUGUGGCAUACGGAUAUAUGUAAAGCAUUGAAAAAGCGUGAUAAUUGUACGGCUGAGUUGCAUAAUGGUUCUUUUAUCAUCAUACAUGUGAUGUUAGGUGUUCGUACACAAUCCAAUGCACAAUUGAAAUAUGUCGUCAUUGGAAGACUUUUAGACAGAACUAACACAGAAUUGUGCAUUAUUUCAGAUUCUACUAUAUCAUCGAGAAACCAAUUUUUUGUAUGUUCUAUAACUAAUACAAUUAUCGCGAUCUGUCCUACUUCAUUGCGUAGAAAAUGUAUCAGAAUGCAAUCUUAUGUAGGACAUGAUGACUUCGUUAAUACGCGCCUUGUCAACGGGAGCGGUGCACUUGGACACGGUGCAUUUGGACGCAGCCAAUCACAGCACCGUGUGAUUAGAGACAUUUGUAGGGUCCCUUGGAACAGCGACUUGUGAUUGGACUGUCUCCAAUUGCCCCAACUGAUAUACACCCCUUGUCAACAACAUCGAGAUAGACUAAUAAAGAAUUAAGUUUAAUGAAGCAUACACUUAUGUAAU